AUGUCUACCCGCCCUGAGCUUGACAGCUUCAAGUGCCAUGCCAGUGUUGAGGCAGCACUUGAGCCGCUAAGCAUCGUUGACGGGCACCUCUCCAUUCCCACAGAGACCUGUAUUUUCACACUUCUGAGCGAAUGCUACACUAAGAUCCGUGAUAUCUUUGGCCUUAACGACCCUGAAAAUGUGCUCGGCCAGCCGGAUGCUCUCGAUAGCAUGUUGAAGGUUACCUUUGAUACCUUCCAUCGUUCUUUCGUCACCGAGAAGUCGACCCAUGUGCUUGCCGACUUGGACGAUCAUGAAAAGUCCAGCUUGUAUCUGCAGGCCGUUGCUGGCAUGGUCUUGAUCUUCCAACGUCUGAAGGCUGCCGGUCCCGAGCUCUCACAGCGUCUGUUCUCUCGGGAGCUUCAGCUAUUUGCUGAGAGCGACCAGCGUGAGUCCGUUCUCGAGACAAUCGACACAACCGAUAUUAUCAACUCCUGCUUUGCCAAGCGAGCUGUGGUUGACUUCAUCUCUGGGGUUAUUGAGGGUCGCAAGAAGGAGCAGAAGACGGAAGACCAGUCUGUGAAUGCUGCAUGGGGCAAGAACCUUGGUGUCCCAUGGGGCUUCACUGUUAUGGCUCUCAAUUAA